AUGGGCGAAUCGAGACAAGAGCUGCUGGCAUGGCUUAACAACCUGCUGCAGUUGAACAUGACCAAGAUUGAGCAGUGCGGUACCGGUGCCGCAUUGUGUCAGAUCUUUGACUCGAUAUUCUUGGACGUCCCCAUGUCUCGUGUCAAGUUCAACGUCAACAGCGAAUAUGCCUACCUUCAGAACUUCAAGGUGCUUCAGAACAUCUUCGCAAAGCACCAAGUCGACAAGCCCAUCCCGGUAGAGCAGCUCACCAAAUGCCGCAUGCAGGAUAACCUGGAAUUCCUCCAAUGGACCAAGAGAUACUGGGACCAACACUAUCCUGGCGGUGACUACGAUGCUGUCGGUCGCCGCAAGGGCUCCGGUGCUCCUCCGUCCGGACCGGCUUCUCGCACUAGCUCCAGCGCUGCUGGCAGCGCCGCUCGCCGUGGCACCACCCCGACCGUGGGUGCUGCUCGUCCCCGCGCUGCCGUCGCGGCCGUCUCGGCCAACACCGCUGCUCUGCAGCAGGAGAUCAACACCCAGAAGGAGGCCAUCGCUGGGCUAGAGAAGGAGCGGGAUUUCUACUUUGCUAAGCUCCGGGACAUCGAGUUGCUGCUGCAGAGCGCGAUUGAGCAAGACCCCGAGUUGGAGAAGGACGAGGACUCGUUGGUGAAGCACAUCCAGGGUAUCUUAUAUUCGACGGAGGAGGGAUUUGAGAUCCCUGAGGCGGAGGCCGGCGCGGACGAGCUGGAGACAUUCUGA